AGCCCGUGCAAAGCGGAGAUCCUCAAAAUGGGAAAUUCUAGAACAGAAUGAAGUUAAUGCUGGACAGUAGCGACCUUGCUGGAGGCAUUCAAGUGCUCACUUUGGAAUUUACCAUCUAGCGAAUAAGUUGAAACAGUCAGGUCAAGUCAAGAAAAGGAUCCAUGCUUAACGACAGGGACAAAGUGCACCCCCGCAUCUGGAGCCCUUUUACCAGUAUCGAGCAGUCGAUGAUGGAGUUCGAUCGCAUUACUAAUGAAAUGCUGCGCUUCAGCCCAUUCGACAUCCACAGUCGGUUGUUCAUGAUGCCGGACGCCACCAUCGAAGACGAGUUCUUUAGAGAUCUACCAAUCCAGGGCACCAAACAGAACCACAAGCGCCUAACGGACAACUGCACCAAUUCGAAGGAAAAGAACCUUAAAAAGAAUCGUGAUAUUGUCCGUAAGGAGGGCAACCAACCUACAGGCGAUCAUCAUACCUUUUCGUGUUACUCGUUCAGCAACUCCACCGUCAUGGACGCCAAGGGUCGACAAGUAGCGAGCACGCGCCGUCGCUAUGAGGACUCAACGGGACGUCUGAAGGCCGAACACGAGCGACAGAUCGAGGGCAAAAAACUGCGCAGAACUUGGAACCGCCAGAACAAAGACGAUGGAGGUCAUUUCGAGUCGGUGUGCUCAAGUGGCACUCCAGACGAAUUUGAAGAGAUGUGGAAGAAGACUCCGUUUGGCAAAGUCGAGAAGAAGGCGAUCAAGUAUGAUAACAAGAAGAAGCGACUUGAGGCUGGAGAUGGCGGUGAUAAAGCGCGCAAGGCGAAGCUGUAGGAGGUUUUUAAUGGUCUGGAAGUAGUACUGCAGGUUUUGUCCAUGUAGAUGGCGAUGGAGUCCUUACAAACACUCACAAGUUGGUUAGGACGAAAGUAGGCCAUCCGUGGGCACACACCAAAGUUUCGUUUAAUAGAUGUAGCCAUUUCUACAUGUACUGAGGA